GCUGGGCGAUCAAUGGCAAUGGAGAAACCAAGUCGCAACUGGAUAAUGGUCCAGUUGAAAACAGCCGGGUCGAGGAUACGGACCGUGACGAUGCAGCAACAAUAAACAGCCGGACGACAAGUCAAUCACGGGAUACUCAGAGUAGGCGCAGAAGCUUCUUUGGAGAGAAGUUGCACAAGCAUGCCUCGUCGCUGUCAAUCACGAAACCUUUUUCUGAAGAUACCCAAGCGCAGAUAAGUCAACUUUCAGGUGCUUCCCAAGAUACAGGCGCGAAACCAGAGAAAUCGCAGGAGACCCUUGGUCGGACAAGUUCACAAAACAAAGGGGCCUCUGGGAAUGACCGACCGUCAGUAGCCAGCCCUAAAUCUGGAUGGUCCACGAUUCCUUCUAUUAGUGACUAUCCUCGCCCAGUGACACAGAGCAGUAGGACCUCACUGAGAAGCCCUGAUCUGGGUAGCCCGAAAAUUCCCCAGCAAACCAACUUUCAUACCGGGGGUGUUCGGGACUCUGUUAUGAAAAGAUUCAGCCUGCUUAAGGGUGUUGGGCGAAAGGGUAGUCGCCUCGAUUUUAGAUCUGAUACACAUGGCAUGGCAGUCCGCGAAGAGUAGGAUCGCUGGUUUCCGCUUUUUUUUUUUUCUUUCUUUGACCUUUCUUCCCGCCUUUAUUCUUUUAAUGUCUGGACAUUAAUGCUCACUACUCUUCUCUUCUUGUUCUUGCUGUUGAUUAAAGCAUUUUGUCUUUGCAUCGCAGCGUACCUGUUCUUUGCUAUGCCUCCUUCAAAAUUUUCUUUAUCAUACUUUCUAUUUUCUUUGCCUCUCUUCGUCUCUUUCGCCCAGUAUGUGCCACGUGCUGGUGACAGUUCCGGCGGCUUCUUUGAUUUCUUCUCUCAUCUGCAUUCUUGACCAUUUUUACCUUCUCCUUCUUUUCUCUUCUUCAUUUCUCACAUUCAGGACAUGAUACAUCAGACAUUCCUCCCAGAUACCUAUCCCUACUCUCAUCUCCCUUUUGGCCUGUUGCUGAUCGCGACGUCUCUUUUGUUUGUUCAGAUAAUCCUGGGCCACUUUGUAAAUUUCACUACUACCUUUCAUAUGGUCACUCCCUUUUCCAGCCAUCUCUUCUACCCCUUGUUAUGUGGACCCCUUUAUACCCGUAGGUGCAGGAUGGCUG